AUGACCCACUCGGACCACGCCCCGGUCACAGUCUGCACGAGCUCCCCACUUUACAAACCAAAGGACAGGCAAUGGAAACUGAACGCAUCCCUACUGACUGACCCAGUCACCCGCGCAUCCACACAUCAGACGCUCACACAAUACUUCGACACUAACGAAAACCCGGACACCCCACCCCUGACGGUCUGGGAGGCACACAAAUGUGUUGUGAGGGGCCACUACAUCGCCAUUUGCACCCAGCGUAAGAGAGAUAGACUCAAGCACUUCACCAAUCUCACCUCCAGGGUUACUGACUUGGAGAACAAGCACAAACAGACCUUGGAUGACGACACCUACCUACAACUGACUGAAGCUAGGAGGGAACUUAGGGAUCACCUUUCACAGGGACUGCUGCACACCCUGUCGAAGUCGGCCAGAUACUUUUAUGAACACUCUAAUAAGAGUGGUCGACUUUUAGCACGGAUGCUCCAGACAAAAAGACGGACACAACACAUUCAUAAAAUAAACACACCCGGCCAACGUAGCACGCGACUCCCAGGAGGCAUUCUUGAAGCCUUUCAGACCUACUACGCUGACUUAUACAACCAGACACAGACCGCUCACGGACAAACAUCCCAGACACACCGACGUCAAAUCACCGAUUACCUCUCCCAGCACAUAGCCAAAACGCUCACCCAGGAACAAUCGGAGGACCUAGAACUACCCCUGACACUUGACGAACUUAAAGGCGCUCUAAAGUGCAUGAAGCCUCACAAGGCACCGGGCCCGGACGGAUUGCCGGUCUCAUACCUUCGUACUUUUAGUGACACACUCUUGCCUAAACUUCUAUCAGGUCUGAACUCGAUUCGCGAAGGAGGGCAGUUCCCGACAGACACACUAGCCGCCACCAUCACAAUAAUCCCCAAGGAAGGUAAAGACCCGUCUAAUUGCUCGAGUUACCGUCCGAUCUCGCUCCUAAACUCGGACCUUAAGCUCUUUGCUAAAGCGCUAGCAUUGCGGAUCUCCCCGCUCCUCCCGGAUCUGAUUCACCCAGACCAGGUCGGGUUUAUCCCGGGUAGGGAAGCCCGUGAUGACACGAUCCGGGCCCUUAACGUCAUCCAUAUCGCUAAAACCAAGAAACGCGAGGUUGUCCUGUUAUCGACGGAUGCCGAAAAGGCGUUCGACCGGGUAGAUUGGUCAUACCUCGCGUCCACUCUCCACCACUUCAGAUUUGGCCCACAGCUGCGCAACUGGGUGGCGGCUUUGUACACGACUCCGACAGCACGCAUCCGCGUCAAUGGUGCACUGACGAAACCUUUCCCCAUCAGCAAUGGCACGCGGCAAGCUGAUGGAAUUCAAGCACUGUUUUUAUUUGUGGAAAUUAAGGAAAAAACUAACCCAAAGUGGAAACUGCAUCUCAAGUCAGACCUACAGAGUUUGGACAAUGAGUUGGGCAAAAUACGUUUCCCUUCUCUCCUUUACUUCCUACGUUCACAGACAACCCAUGAUGUGGAUGCUUCUACAAUGGAGAGGGAAAUCUUUUGUGGUGAAAUAAAGGAGAACCCAGUGCAGUGUCUGAAAUCUAUACUAAAUGAACUCUGUAUCCCAAUUCUUCGAGCUCAGAAAGACUGGGGUUCUUGCAGCCAGGAGAGUGUUACUAAUUUCCUAGCUGGCCUGGAUAAAUAUGCUGCAGCUAUUGAAGAUGCUACACACAUUGCCAAUUCUGAAAAGCAACCUACAACAAUUUUGAGAAGGCCACUAAAUAUUUUAAGCUCUGACUUCAUACAACAAAGAUCUGCAAUUGUGGAUUCAGAGGUCGUUGAAGAAUAUGAAACAUUGGUUUCUGAGUGGAUGAAAAGGAUUGAUCAGAUUUUGAUGGAGGCUGUGGAUGAAAGAGUUCAAGAUAUCACAUCAACUCCUCUGACAGAGCUGGAACGAUGGAAUAAGAGACAGAAAAUGUUGGUGUUUCUUAUAGAACAACUGCGUGGCAAAGAAUGUAAAGCUGUUGUUGGCUUGUUGAUUUCUGCUAAAUCCCGUCUGCUGAAAAAAUGGAAGGCUGUGGAUAUCAGCAUUACAGAUGCAGCAAAUGUUGCCAAAGAUCGAAUUAAGUACUUGGAAGCACUAUGUCGCCAUUUGGAUAGCCUAGCUACUGAACAUGACCCAGUCACUCUAACCAACAGUGUUCUCCCAGCCUUCUUCAACGGCAUACGGCAAAUGGAAACCAUGUCUCGUUUCUUCUCUAGGAAUGGAUAUCUGGGCCUGCUGCUCACAAAGGUGUCAAAUCAGUUGGCGCAAAACUGCCAAGCAUUUUUGCGAGAAAGCCUUGUGUUCAGAGAUUCAGAAGAUAGACUCUGGGACAUGGUAAGAGAACACAUGUUGACACGUGAAAGUGAGCCCACGUCAUUGACUGAUGUUUAUGCACCACAGAAGAGCAUUAAAAAAGAGAAACAUAAGGUGGAGACAUCAAAAAGCAACAGUACUUUGCAUAAAAAGAUCCGUGCUUGCGUGGCAUUGCAUACUUAUUUUCAGGAUGCUUUGUGUUACUUACGUGAAUGGUUAUGGGGAACACAUGGAAUGCAUCAAUAUUCUGCUUCAAGUUCCAUAUCCAGCAUACCUGGAAGAUUAUCUUCUACACACAUGGUGAAAACUAGCAAGACUGGCGCCAGGAAGCUGCAAUCAGUAGCAUCUAGUUAUGAUCAACAACAUGAUUACCAAAACACAGGUGUGGCUAUAACUGAUGAUGACACCAUAUUGUACCAUUUGGAAGUGCUUUGUGCAAAACUGAAACAAAUAGAUGACAUCAUGGAGAAGCUCCUAGAGUUCAAAAUAUUGUCAGAGCAGGCAAUAGGCAUGAGAAAGCCUGCCAGAGAAGAUCUCAUUCAAGAUGAUGAUAGUGAAUCAGGAAGUGUAUGUGACAUCAUUGACCAAGGAGAUGCCAAAGAAUCAGCAUAUUUAGAUGCCUACAGUGAUCCAACCCAACUCCAACCACAAACAGGAAGACAAAAUUCAGUUUCCCCAUUAAAACUGCAUACCCUGGUUGAAGAAGAUGAGGCACAGAUCUCUGUGGGAGAUUCAUUGGAAUCCCUAGAAUUGCCAGGGAAAUCUAAGAAUGUUAUGAACUCAAAUGAUGAACCAUCCAAUUUUGAAAGUGAGGAGCAAGUACUGGACAGAGAAGAAGACAAUGAAUUAUUACUUUCAAAUGAGGAAAAGCAUAUGCUUGCUAACCUUUACAGUGCGGAUGACAUGGAAGAUGAGGAAACAAGCUUGUCAUCCAUUCUGAUGAAGAAACUAGAGCAGAUAAUUGAUAUGCUGAGACAGUAUCUCUACACUGAUACAAUGCUGGAUACAGAGAGAAGGGAUAGCAACCCCUGUGAAGAAGGAUACACUGAAUUUUUAGUGAUGAACCAGCAGACAGAGAGAUAUAUAUCUGUGUACAUACAGGCUUUAUUUCUCCGGAAAAUGCCUACAAAAGAAGCCCUCUCCAUUCUUCAAAGGUUCUCUGUUGUGAACCAUCGUCAAGGAAUAAAACACAUUCUGAAUGAGUGUUACUUACUAGUAUUUGACUGGUUCUAUGAGGAACUAAAGAAUAUUAGACACAUUUAUGAAACAUUUAAGGAAGAUCCAGUGCUCCCCAGAAAUAUGCCCCCUGCAGUGGGGGCAAUAAUGUGGUCAAGAAAAUUAUUGUCAAAUAUUGAAAGCACAAUGAAGGUUUUCAGAAGUGUACGAAUUAUUACAAUGUGCCUGACAUACUCCCAAACUGUAAAACUGUACAAUCGGUUAGCCACUGCCUUACUGAAGUAUGAAGAAUUGUGGUAUCAGAAGUGGAGGACACAGGUUGACAAAAGUCUGAGUGGUCUUAAUUACACAUUACUUGUUCAAGAUCCAGUUACAAAACAAUUUAAAGUCAACACUGACUGGAGAAUAAUCCACCUGAUGGAAGAGACUAAGUGGAUGUUGAGGCUUGGGAUCAAUGUUCCAGAAGCUGCUCUUGUUGCACUUAAUCAGGCUGACAAAUUCAAGAUGUAUAAGAGUGAAUUGCAAGACAUGGUUGAAGAAUAUAGAAAACUUAAAAAGAAGAUCCCACAAAGCUUUUCUGCAUUAUUUGCUCCACAUCUAGAGAGAGUAAACCACCACUUUCAACCAGGAUUAUUUACCUUAUCGUGGAGCAGUGUCAACAUAGAAGGACUUCUUCAUCAGGCCAAUACAGCUGUCAAAAAAUUGGAAGACAUUUUUAACAAAGUCUCAGACAUAAAGAGGAAUGUGAUUGAGAAAAGCCUUGAAGAGAUUUGUUAUUAUGAUUUAUAUCCUGUGGAUGAAAUAACUAAUGGACCAAAGAGUCCUGAGGAUUUUUUACAGUUGAUCAAAAGUUCUGUACUGGAGAGAAAACGUGUUUUAGAAGGGAUGGCAUCUACAAUUAAAAGUGCAUUUUCUGAUAUCAUUGGAAUGUUAAAGAGCUUUCCGGAUACCACAGAAGAAAAUCAUGAAACAGCUUCAAAUUUGAAGAAUAUCAAACUAACUUCAAAUUCUUGGAUCCAAAAAUCAUCACGUAAAUUACAGCCAGUAUCUGUAUCCUCUGAAACUGCCAGUAAUUGUUUCUCUGAAGAGAUCAUUAAUCAAGUGUUUGAAUCCCUAAGUGAUGACCUCUACAAGGCUGUAUAUACCUGUGUAUGUCGGUCACUUAUCACCUUGGCUCAGCUUACAGGAUGUGACAUGGAAAACUUGGCUAGUGAAUUAUCAGUAAUAUUUAUGCAAAACAAUAAAGAUACUAAAGAUGAAUCAGUUGAGUCUGAAUUUAUACGCAGAAGCCCUUUAGAGUCUAUAAAAAAGCUGGUAACAACAUCUUACACUGGGGCACAGAGAUUAAGGUUUAAGCUCAUGUUGUCAUUUAAGAUUCCAAAUAUAACAAUUGACCCACCUGCAGAGGUGACAGAAGAAGCUUUCCGUCAAGCUGUGAUUUCCAUUCUAAGCAUUAGUGACUCCUUCACUUGGUGGGCAGGAGUGAAAAAUGGGCAGUCCUUCAAUGUGUUGAUGACUGAGGAUGAGCCUUUAAGACAUGUUGUAAACCAUAUUUUAAAUGCGGUUAAUGAUUUGAAGCCUGUUGUUAAGAAGCAAGUGUUCAGUUUGAGUUCUUAUGACUUUUUGUGGUCAGAUGACAUGUACAGACAGAGUGAAGAGUUUUUAGCUGGUAAUCCUGGAAUUACUACUAUUCAAAAGGAAGUACAGCGGUUUGUAGAUCUUGAACAUAAAAUCAAAGAGUGUCCUGAGGUGAUGCAGUUAGGUUGUAUCUGUUUGGAUUACUCACUUAUAAAGGAUACAUUAAGAGGGUUUGCAGGAAGUUGGAAAUCUCACUACGCAAACAUUUUACAUCAGCAAUUUAAGCAAACUCUUCUCAGUGUAGUUCAAUAUCGAGAGAAUGUGUGGCAGCAACUUACCACUCCUGUCCAGAGCUUGGAGCAGUUACAUUCCUGUAUAACACUUCUAGAGGAGAUACAGGACAUGGAAAAUAAAAUUGAUGAUGUUUAUCGACCAAUAGAAAUGAUGUAUGAGCAACUUAGGUCCUAUCAGUUACGCAUCCCAAGAGAAGAGGUAACAGAGGUUGACAAUCUAAGAUAUAAAUGGACCGAGUUACUGAACCUUACAUAUGUUGUUAAAGAAACCUUGUUAACGAAGAAGGAGGAUAUCUUUAAGCAAGAGCUUGACAAACAAGUAAAAAGUUUUGUAGUAGAGGUGAUCCAGUUUCGAAACAGUUUUGAUACACAAGGCCCUGCCGCUCCUGGUGUGAAACCUGAGGAAGCUGUCACUCGGCUGCAUGACUUCAAGCAAAAAUACCAAGUUUUUGAUGCAAAGAGAAGGACCCUGAAUUCCGUGCAACGACUUUUCAAUAUUGUUCCAAAGGCAUUUCCAGAACUAGACAGAACAGGAAAGGAUUUGCAACUUUUAGGAACACUUUAUAUCCUGUUCCAGAAGUUCAUUGACUUUGACCUCAUAUUCCGGAAUACUCUGUGGGCUGAAGUAGAUCUAUCAAAAAGUAACAAAGAGAUUGAACAGUACUGGUCUGAAUGCCUAAUCUGGAAUGACAAGCUGAAGGACUGGGAUGCGUACAAUGAGAUGGCACGAGAGGUCAAGUUUUAUGUUGACAUCUUUCCAUUGCUACACGAGCUGAAAUCUAAGGAAAUUCGGAACCGCCACUGGCUUCAAGUUAUGUCUGUCACAGGAAGUUCUUUCCCAUUAGAAGCCAAUGUCUUGAAAGUCUCUCACAUCCUGGACAUUGAAUUAUUAAAGUUCCAAGUUGAGCUAAUGUCAAUAGCUAAAGUUGCCAAAAAAGAAAUGGAUUUUGAGAUCCAAAUGAGAAAAGUUGAAGAAGAAUGGAGUGAGCAGGUUCUCAGCUUUACGCCAUACAAAAAUAGGGGCUUAGUACUCCUAGUGAAAGAGGAUGCUCUGAAGUUGCUCGAAGAGUUAGAAAAUGCUCAAAUCCUAUUGGCACAGAUGUUGACAUCCAAAGAAAUUGACCCUCUGAGAGAAGAAGCAACAACCUGGGCAGAAAAACUGAAGCGUGUCAGUGAAGUUUUGGAGUUGUGGGUAGAAGUGCAGGACCUGUGGCAAAACCUAGAAGAAGCCUUCAGUAACGUCAUCAUUAACAAGGAACUGCCUCAAGAGGCUAGAAGAUUUGCAAAAGUUAACAGAAGUUGGACAAUGAUGAUGCGUGCAACCUACAAGACAAAAAAUGUUUUACAGUGCUGCUGUAUGGGAGAUGUUGCCAAGGAGGUCCUCCUGAGACAUUUCUACCAGGAGAUGGAAAUCUGCUUUAGUUCGCUCAGUUCUUACCUUGGCAGAGCACGGCAAGCUUUCUCACGUUUCUAUUUCCUGUGCGAUUUGGAUCUUCUGUCUGUGCUCAGCCGCCCUCAUGAUAUUAAAUAUCUCCAGAAUCAUUUCAGGUCACUUUUUGGUGGUGUUUUAUCUAUUGAUGUUGAGGUUCUAGAAGAAGACCAAAGCGCAAGCACUGAAGAUGAAUUUGUUGAAUUGUCUCUUCCAAACCUUGAUUUCCUAAGCGUUAGAUCUGGUAAUGAAGGCUGGCUUUCUGUUGGACAGAGAAGCACAACAUACGGCACUGACACAGAAAGCUUAUUCCAAAGAUCUCUGAAAUCUGCAGGUGUAUCACAUGAAAGGAAGCAUUCUAUUACAUACAGAGAGCCAGUAAAGAGGAUGAAUGCUGUAGCGGUCAGAGCCCAUGCAAGUGAAAUGUUACAAUUAGAAGAACAGGUUGCCAUUGCUUCUGGUCUAGGAGUUUGGCUCAGCCAGCUUCAGGAAACUAUAUGUAGAUCAUUAAACACAAAAAUCUAUCAACUUAUUGAAGACAUUAUUCAUGGAAUGGCUAUGGAUGAAUGGAUACAGAAGAACCCAUCUCAGGUGGUGAUGCUUGGUUUAUAUUACCUGUGGACAAAAGACUGUGAAAGUUGUAUUGCUGAGAUGAAACAGGAUCGCAAGGCUCAGUCCCGUGUUCUCAAAAAAUAUUCGGGACUAAUAAGCAAAUUGUCCUCAGUCAUUUCCAAGGGAUACUGGAAAAACACAGAAGAGCCCAUCCCACAAUGCCAGAAAAUAAAGCUGGAAAAUCUGAUAAUGCAAUCCCUUCAUCUACGUGAUGUCAUGGAGACCUUAUUAUCACAAAAAAACAUUGAUACAUCUGAUUUCGAUUGGCAAAAACUCACACGAUUUUAUCUGAAGGAAUAUGAUGGUAUACAGAAACAUGAGAUAAAUAUCCUUGAUGCCCGGUAUACCUAUGGUUGUGAGUUCUAUGGAGCACAGAUCCCUAUUAUCAUGAAUCCUGUAACUGAAAAAUGUUUCCUUAAAAUAUCACAGAUGCUUCAGCAAGUAAGUGGCGUGGUCUUAGAAGGAGAACAUGGAGUUGGCAAAUCAGAGACAAUAAAGGGCCUCGCCUAUUUAUUGGGAAAGUUCCUCUUCUUCUUCACAUGCUCAGCAACAACGGAGGCAUCUGCUAUUAGAAGAGUGCUAACUGGAACUGCUGCUGACGGAUGUUGGAGCUGCUUUGAUGAUUUUGAUCUCCUGUCUAAGAAUACUGUGUCUGUUUUCAUGCACGGUGCCAGUGAACUCUACGACUCUUUGAAAGCUACGCUCAAUAAGAAUGGUUUACAAGAUGAAUAUAAGAUUGUGCCGAACCCAAACUGCAGCUUGUUUCUUACCGUAUCAGGGAGCUCUGGGUGUCAGGAUCUAUCAAGUCACAUGCAGGCUGUCUUCAGAGCAGUCUCACUGGUUGUGCCCAAUCACACUGUCCUUUUAAAGGCCAGACUCACAAGCCUUGGCUUCAAGAACACCAAAGCCCUUGCCACUAGACUCCAACUCAUUUCAGAACUGUUAAAGGAACAGCUUCCUGAGGAAUAUCACCACCAUUUUAGCUUCAAGUCUAUGACUGAAGUUAUAUACAGAGCGUGCCAAAGGCGUGAGCUGGAGAAGAUAACGAAUGGCCAGUCCAGCCGUUGGGAUUUUGAAGGAGGAAGGCUGUCUCGUUCUAGUAGUGUUGCAUCUUACCAGCAUUUCACAAAUGUAUCAAGCCCAGCACCCAGUUUAAAAACUGGUAACAGUACUGACAGAAACAGGAAGUCCAACUCUUCUAACCCAGCUCUAGUGGCUGCAAAGGAAAGCCAUGCAUUGAUAGCUGAUGCACUGCAAGAUGUAAUAGGACCUCGAAUGGCUGACCAUAGUUCUUUGGUGUUCAAGCACAUUAUUGGAGAUGUGUUUAUGGGAAUGCACGACACAUCAGGAGUGCUACAAAUAUCACACAAGGAAUUAGAAAGAGCCAUUUUGUUGAAAGCAGAACAAAGCAAAUUAUUUCCUCACUCUCCAUGGCUGAAUAAAGUCAAACAACUUUUCAACCUAUCACUAGUAAACACUGGUAUUAUUGUAGCAGGGAAUCCAGCCUCUGGGAAAAGCUCAUGCAUCAGGGCCCUUGUGCAGGCUUUGAAUCAUGUCCAAGUCUCAACAGAGGAGUCUGUUCACAAGCUGGUGAAAAUUAACCCUCUAAGCGUGGAUAGUGAUACCUUGAUGUUUGGUGUCCAGAAACCAUCACAUGUUUGGCAGGAUGGAGUUGUUACCUAUGCAUGGAAGAAGGCAAUCCGGAAUCACAGCAAUACAUGGAUCUGGUUUGAUGGACAUUUGGGCUCCAGUUGGGCUGAUAAUUUUAACAGUGUUUUAGGACAAGAGAAGGUACUACAGUUAAGCAACGGAGACCGCCUGGACGUUUCCGAAAACCUGAAAAUUGUCUUUGAAACAACUGAUUUGGAACUUGCAUCACCCGCAACACUGACAAAAGCUGGAAUAUUGUAUAUGGAAAGUGAUGUACUUGGCUGGGGACCCAUUUCUAAAAUUUGGCUGGAAGGAAGGAACCAACAAGAAAAAGCUGUUCUUUCAAAAGCCUUCUACAAGACGUUGGAUCCAAUCUUCAAUCUUAUUCUACAUGAAACCAAACCACUGGUCCCAGUCACGGAAGUUGGGUUAUUCUGCACUUGCACAAACCUUUUGACAGUCAUGUUGAAUGAAAAAGCUCAGAGCAUUGGAGGACAGCUUCACAUUGAAAGACUCUUCAUAUUUUGCCUUAUCUGGUCGGUAGGCGCACUCAUUGAAACUACAGAAAGAAAGAAGUUUAGUGAGCUGCUGAAAGUCUAUACAUCUGUUUUACCAGAUGAUGAUCAAGGGAUUUCUGUUUUUGACUACUACCUUGAUGAGUCUGGAGAGUGGGACACUUGGCAGUCACGAUUGCCAGAAAUGACUUACAUUGGCAGUACAGAUAUUAUGGGAGAGGUGUUUAUUGAGACAGAAGACACGAUGAUAGUUCGCACUUUCUUAGAAUAUGCCAGUAUUGGAUGUCAGCAUGUUCUACUAACUGGUCCCCCAGGGUGUGGGAAGACUGCAUUAAUGAAUGAUUUUAUCUCAACACAAGACAGAGCACGCUCAUUACUGAAAAGAAUGGUGUUUUCAGGAUCUUCGAAAGCAGAAGAAGUCCAAGAACUAUUAGAGCAAAAUAUAGUCCACAGACAAGGUUUCAUCUAUGGUGCAAAAGAUGGAAAAACACUUAAUUUAUUUAUUGAUGACCUGAACCUUCCUACACCGGAUAAGAAUGGGGUGCAGCGCUGUAAUGAGCUGCUAAGAAUGCUUCUGGAUGAAAAGGUUCUUGUGACACUGAAUAAACCUUUCGAAUGGCGAUCACUGGAGGGACUCCUAAUAAAGGCAAUAAUGAGCUUUCCAAAGUAUACCAACAAAGCAGAGAGGACAUUUUCCCAGAGGCUCCUGCGGCAUUUUGCCAUAUUCCCUCUUCCAGAUUUAGAAGGCUCGAAGCUCCAGAAAGUGAUUUUUUCUGUUCUGGAAGCAAACAUGGGUGAGAAAGAUGGACUUCCCUUACAAGAAGAGUUGCAUUUGUCUCUAGCCAUGGCUUCAUGUCGCCUUUUAGAAUCAAUUAAGAAAAUAUUGGUUCCAUCUUCAACAGCAGGACGGCAGCACUAUCUGUUUUCUCUGAGAGACAUCAGCAAGAUAUUCCAGUCUCUCCGCAAGAUGUCUAACGAAGAUCGAGAAGACCGCAGUACUGUUUUUGCAUACUGGCUGCAUGAAAUCAAUUGCAUUAUUAAGAAUAAGAUCUGCCGCCGCACUGACCUGAACUGGUUUAACUCUGCAUUAAAAGAUACAACAAAAGAGUAUUUUUCAGAUAUUGCAGAACCUUCACAUCAAAAAAUAUUUAUCACCUUUCCUUUGGAAAUGAAGUUUUCUCAUCAAACCAUUACAGAGAAGAGAGCUGUCAAGGUACAGCUGCAGUCAAUCAGUCACCUGAAUGAUGUGAGAAGCUACCUGCAAACCGUACUGCAGCAUUACAAUGAAGAACUUGGACACCAGAAACUUAACAUUGCGUUGUCAGAGAAUGUUGUGAUGGAGAUAAUACGCAUACAUAGAGUAUUAUCCAGUGAGCAUGGGGGCAAUGUUCUGUUGGUUGGAUCAGUGGGCUCUCAGCUAUCUACCCUGGUGAAGCUUGCUCUCUAUGUGGCUGACGUACCCCUUCAUCCUUUGGACACAUCCGGGCACAACUAUUUUAUCAACAGUUUAAAGACAGCCAUUCAGAUCUCUGCUGUAGAAGGAAAACCAAAGGCCAUCUUGCUAACCGCUAAAGAACUGGUCAAUGACAGCUAUCUGGAUAUCAUUAACAGUCUACUGAUAUGUGGGGAGUAUGACUCAUUGUUUUCAUCUGAAGAAAUGAAUGACCUUUUACAGGUUCUGGGGCCAGCUCUCAGACGAAAACACCCACAUCUUGGUUAUGACCCAGCAAGGUACCUUGUUUCUCAGGUGAAGUCUCUUCUUCGGAUAAUGGUUUGUCUUCCACCAAACCACAUACUUAUGAAGACUGCGUCAAGGAAAUAUCCAGGAUUUUUAAAUGGUUGCCAACUAAUAUGGAUUGAUAGCUGGUCACAAGAUGCUAUUAACUCAGAAGCCAAACACUAUAUAAUGCAGCACCAAGUUAUGGAGACCCAUACAGAGGAGACACGUGAAAAGGUAGCUGUAGCCAUUUCAUUGAUCCAUAAAUUCAUGCUGAAAGAAAAUAAUCAGGCACUGUGGGCUGAAGACGCUACUCAACACAUAUCUGGUGACAAUGCAAAAGAAUUAAAGAGAGAAGAGGACAAAAUGGGAGACAAAAGACUUGCUCGUUUCCCAUACUGCAAAGAUAUUGUUCAGGAAAGAAUUGAGCUCUUAGCUACAAAGGAAAUGGUUGCUAAACAUGAUACUGGCUUUAUUGGACCAAACACAUUACAGAUAUUCUUGGAUAACUUUAAACAUAUCUUCAGGGAGAAAGUGACCAAGCAGGAAAAUACCACUCAUCAAAUACAGGGUGCAAUUGAAACACUUUUAAACACCAGAAGUGAUGCAAAAAAAACUCAAGAGCACAUUGCUGAGCUGGAGAAAGAAUAUUCAAAGGCACAAGCCACAGCAGCAGAUAUUUUAAAUAAACUCAUUACCAAAACGUCAAUAUUGGAGAGACUGAAGGCUGACCUAGGUGUUGGAGACAAAACUCUUGAGAUAUUCCUCUCCCAAAAUGAUAAUGAGCUUCAAAACCUUGAAGAAGAUGAAAAUUUGCUAAUAGAUGAUAGUUCUGAUGAAUAUGAUGAUGCAUUUAACUGCAUGAAGGAAGCCAGCAAAAAAUCCCACCUACAGGAAAUCAUGCAGAAGAUCGAGAAAGCAGCUAGUGAGUUGGAAGAUGUUCGAAGCAGCCUCAAACAUGCAAAGAACCAGGUUAUCCAUUGGUGCAGUAAAGUGGACAAGUCAUGUAUCGAGAGACUUGUAAGAGGCCAAAAUCCGCCCUACCUUGUUGCCCAGAUUUUAGAGAUGGCGCUAGUUAUGGUGAAUUGUCUCUAUAAAACUGAAAAUUACAAUGGUUUGGCCAAGUCUCCAAUACAUAUGCAUGAAAACUCGGAGAAUAAAGGUAACUACAGAUUUCAACCUUCACCUGCUGCAAAAUCAUCUACGUCAAAACGAGGUUUUCGAGAGACUACUGAUAAGAUUGACAGAACCAGGUGGAAGAAUUUGCAGUAUCGUAUAGGAGAAAGUAGCAAGUUUGUUGAAAUGAUAAAUCAAAUUGCUAGACUUGAAGAUGGGCUUCCAGAUGUGACCCUGAAGGAAAUAGAGACCUACCUUGGAAAAGCAAAGGAAGGUUCCCAUGGAGUAACUGGGGAAGGAUCCUUGCUUGAAAAUGCUGCCCCACAUGCUACACCCAAAUCCAUCACACCUGCUAAGAAAUAUUCACAUGUAGACACCAACAAAACCAAAGAUGCAAAGAAAGGGGAAAUUACCAUUGCAAAUGCUAGGUACACCUCUGAGGAUGCUGCUACAUUAGUGGCAUUCAUUGUAGCCAUUGUGGAGUAUACUCGACUUUGUGGGCCAUUAAAAGAAUGCCUGAGAAGACUGUCAGAAUUUGAAAAAGAAAAGGAGGAUCUUCUUAUAAAGGAAGCACAGUCAUCAUUGAUUGUUGACAGUUCUGAGGAAGAGCUUCCAACAUUAGAUCAUCAAACCCUGAGCACAUUAACAGCAGAUGACCUUCCAACUCUCCACGCCGAGGUGGAACAGCUACAUCAGGAAUAUGACAUGGGUGUCAAUAUCAAGCACCAACUGCACAAAGAGCUGCUCUCACACAAGGAAAGGCUCCAAGCAGCGCUAGAUAUGCUGGAAAGACUGAAGACACAAGAAAAGAAGUGGAACGACGCCCUCGCUCAGAGCAGCAUCGCUGAUCUUCUUACAAACUGUGUGAUGGCAGCUGCUUUCAUUACCUACUGCUCCUCACUUACCAUUGAUGGAAGGGAACGUGUUUCAAGAUUACUGCUCAAAGUGUGUGAAAGUUGCAGGCUCCCCAUUCCACAGAGAAUACUCCUGAAGGACAUUCCUAUCAAUCAAUUUCUUCAAACUCCGGUUGAAAUCAAGACAAUAGGAAUGAAAGGACUUCCUGUUAAUGAACUUGCUUUGGAUAAUUCCUGCAUUAUCACCUAUACAAACAGUAAUCGAGCCUGGACAUUAGUGUGUGAUCCCACCUGCCAAGCUAUUGAUUGGAUCAAAGGUCACCUUCCAGAAGAGAGGGUUGAAGUUAUGUACCAUGAUGUAUGUUCUGAGGUGGAUACAUGCCUGAUCGAAGGACUUCAUCUCCUGCUGACAUACUGUGAUGUACAAGCUCUGGCUCACGAUCCCAGAUUUUCCCAGGUUCUUCAUUCAAAACGAGAAUUUCAACAACACAAAGUUCCAUUUAAAAUGAUGAUUGCUGAACAUGAAGUAGAGUGCCACCCAGGUUUCCGUAUGUACCUUCACACCACAUCGACACCAGACGAGGUACCACCAGAAGUGGCUUCCUUCUGCAAUAUACUUUACUUCUACCAGGACAGAAAUGGUUUGGUAGAACAGCUCCUAGACAGAUUUGUACAUCAAGAGAAGCCGAGAUUGCAUGAAGAACAUCUACUGCUAAAACAAGAGUGUCUCGAUAGCAUAGUACAACUAACAGAGUUGGAAGGUAAAAUCUUAGCUACCCUGCAAAAUAAUGACUCUCUACUGCACAACUUAUCUGUCACUAAAAGACUGGGUGACCUUAAACUGGAGCAUGAAGAAGUCACAGAAAUGUAUGAGAAGAUGACUUCUUCAGAACAAAGCUUGCUACAUGCUCGAGAGGGGUUCCGUGAAAUCGCUGUCCGUGGUGCUAUAAUGUAUGAAACAGCACGAAGGAUAAAACAGCUUUACCCAAUGUAUGACACAAGCUUCAGUCAGUUAAUAGGACUGUAUAAUUUGUCGAUUGCACAUUCAGAAAGGUAUUCCAUCAAGGGAGUAGUAAAUUGUGUGACAGCCAACAUAUUUUCUUACAUCUCAAGGUCAUUGCUGGAAAAAGACAGAAUGGUGUAUGCUUUGUUGGUAGCAUUUGAGGUGGAAAGUUCCUUAGGUCGAGUAAUGUGUGGUGAGCGAGAGUUUGUCCUGUCCCCUGACAUAUGUGUGACCGUACUACAGAGAUUGGGUAGUAAGGCCUCAGAAUCACGGCAACAAGCAAAAAAUCCUUUUGACUGGAUGACAGAAGAGCAAUUUAAGAAUGUGCAGAUCCUAGCUACAUAUUAUGAUUGGUUUAGUGAUCUUUUUGACCGGAUGUACAAGGAUAGUAAAGACUUGACUUGGAAGACCUUCUGUGAAAGUGAUCAGCCUGAAAAUCCUGCCAAAGUGAAAUGGCCUGAGGGAUUAGAAGAUUUGAACCCCCUGCAUAGAUUGAUGGUUUUGCGAGCUGUGAGGAAGGACAGAAUCUUGCCAUCCUUUUCAAACUACAUCAGUGGAACUCUGGGUAAAAUGUACUCUUCAGAUGUCAUUGUGGAUUUGCAAGCCACCCUGGCAUCCAUGUCACCUCAUCACCCAGGAUUGCUAAUGUAUGACACAGACAGCAAUAUGCCACACAUCUUGCUCCAGGAACUAGCCAGGAAACAAAACCAGAAACUGAUAGUGUUUCCAAUAACUAUGGAAGCAGAAACAGCAGAGGAAGUCAUCAGGAACUGCAUGGCAAAGGGUCACUGGGUACUCCUGAAAAAUGUGCAGAACUCCAUUAAAUUAAUGAUGUCGCUUGAAGACAUUUUCAGGUUAAAUAAGAACCCAGAGAAAGGUUUCCUCCUCUGGCUCUCCAUUCAAGCCAACACCGAUAUACCAAUUCGACUGCUACACAGCACAGUAAAAACUGUAGUGGACAUGCCAAUGAAUAUACGAGGUGGCAUAAUUCACGCCUGGCAGUUUGUAAAUCAUGAAACACUGACAGCCAGUAGAUGUCCAGAAUGGCCAGCACUGCUGCAUAACUUCUGCUUCUUGCAUUGUGCUGCUCGCUUGAGGUCAUCGUACGGCAAUUCAGCAGGUUGGAAUUGGCCCAACACAAUGUGCUUUGGGUGUACUGAGUUUAUGGAGGGCCUCCACAUGUUAAAGAAUGAAUUUCAAGAUCAUGAUCUUGAGAUGAAAGGAAGUAAUGUUCACUGGACUGCUAUCAGAUCCCGACUUUCAGAGAUAAUAUAUGGUCGUAAUAUUUCUGAUGAGUAUGAUAUGACGACUUUCACAUCAAUGGUUGAUUACUGGAUUAGCUCUAGCACAACAAAGAAAGACUAUGAGCUGACAAAAUUGAAAUACAAGAUUCCGACAGCAUUUUUUGCAGCUGAACUGAGCCGUGUUGCUUUGACGCAAGCAAUAGAGUCUAUUCCCCCAUAUUUACUGGAUACUCCUGAGGCUUUUCAUAUGCACCCCUCCCCUAUGGUUGUUUUUGGUCAAGGACGAUACAUCAUUUCAAGGCUUAAUCUGCUUUUUGAAUCCAGUCCUCGACUAAGUCUUCGGCUUCAGUCCGGCACACAGAUUGCUGAAACAUCUCAGAAAGGUGCUAAACAAACUAUCAAUCCCGCCACCGUCAACCAUCCACUGACAUUACCAGAAACUAACAUCAACACUGCUGAUGGUCACCUAACAGCCGUCAAACUAUCUGAUAUUCAUAAGAUCUGUAUAUCACUUCUGUCAAAGGUUCCCAAAGGAUGGACUAGGGAUUUCAUUAAUGACAGACUAAAAAUGAUUGGAGGAGACACGCCAUUUAAUUUGUUUUUCAAAAUGGAGCUGGACCAUUUGAUGUUUUUAUUAUCAGAGAUAAGACGGGAUCUGCAGAAUAUUAAGGAUUUUGUGGAGUCACCUGACAUGUUAGGAGACCAACUCUCUGAAACCACGAUUAUGAUAAUUCGAGAUUUACAUUUGAAAAGAGCUCCAAAAUACUGGUGCAAGCUGGCCUGGAGCUUCUCCCUUCCACCCGAUUGGUCCGUCUCAUAUUGGAUCAGUGAUUUACAGCUGCGGGUUGCACAUUUUGAAAAGAUGCUGCAGUUGGGUCGAGAAAAGAUGCCAACAUACUGGCUUGGUGCAUUUAGAAACCCAAAAGGUCUGUUUUCGGUAUUAAAACAAGAAGCUAUCCGGAAAUACUCAGCAAGAACUGGAAAUGCAGAACCUAUGCAGUUUAAAACAGAAAUUACACAGAGAGACAAAGAACAUAUACGAGAUCCCCCACAUGAAGGUAUGUUUGUAUAUGGAGUCCAUCUCUGGGGAGUACUCUGGAACAAAACUGAUGCAGAUAUCUUGGAUUCUGCCCCCAAGCAGAGUCUCAGUGCUCUACCGGUCAUUCAUCUGCAAUGUUUACCCAGUGCUGAAAAAUAUGGAACUAAUGAUAUCCCCAAAGUACUUGACACUUACUGGUGUCCUGUCUACUGUUCCUCAACAUCUGCAAGAGACCCAAUCUUCAAUCUAGAGAUUCACAAAGAAAAUAUACCCAGCUCUCGUUGGGCUCUUCGAGGCAUGAAAGCUACAAUUCACCCAUUCUGAUAUACAGGAGUUGGUU